AAUCCAUGCACUACACAUGCACUCCACACUCAUUCCGUUUUGUUUUGGUUCGCUCUGGCAGCUUCCCUUUUGGAUUCGAUUUCACCACCAAUGUUAUUUCGCGUUUUCAGAAGAAUGUCGUCGGUCGAUAUCUCAGCUCUGCGGGUCAAAUACCGGGAGAAAAAGGACAUCCUGUUGGAAUCUAGUAUCGAGCCAAAGGAACCGUUCCAGUUUUUCAAGAAAUGGUUGGACGAUGCAUGCAACACUCCGGAGAUUAUCGAACCGAAUGCGAUGUGCCUGGCAACUGCCACAAGGGAUGCUUUUCCGUCGGCUAGAUUUGUUUUGCUGAAGGAUGUCACCGUUGAUGGUUUCACUUUUUUCACUAACUACGAAAGCCGAAAAGCUGAUGAACUGGCGGAAAAUCCGAACGUGGCGCUAGCGUUUUAUUGGCUCCCCCUGAGAAGAUCGGUUCGAAUCGAAGGACAGGCAGAGAAGAUACCGAGGGCUGACUCGGAAGCCUAUUUCCAUCAGCGACCUCGAGCUAGUCAGAUCGGUGCCCUGGCUAGUCCGCAAAGUCGACCCAUUCCUAGUCGAGAAUACCUGGACCAUAAAGAGCAAGCAAUCAAAGACGAGCUGGGCCCGGAUGGGGUUGUUCCUCUGCCCAACUGGGGUGGAUAUCUGGUUCGACCACAGAUUAUUGAGUUUUGGCAGGGCCAAACGAAUCGGUUACAUGAUCGAAUCCGGUUUAGGAAGAAUAUUUGCCCAAAUGAAAAGGUGGACGGAGAGCUGUUGCAUCAGGGCGAAAACGGAUGGGUUUACGAGCGGUUAGCUCCUUGAGGUGAGUUGCUGUUCAAAAUUAACUGUUGUCCAUGGGCUUCCAAUUUAGCGGUUUUGUUGAAUUUUGGGUUUACAUUUCUUGGUUAAAGAAUAUUAAAUAUUCCGUUGAAGAUUUGUUUGUGAGAGCUUCAAUAAAGUUGAUUAAU